AACGGCGCGGUGGGUGGGCGUCUCUCUCCCUCUCUCUCCCGCUGCACCGUAUAAGAGUAGAUCCGUGAUGGAGACCCCUUCACACCGCAGUUCACUUUUACGCAGAGGAGAUGAGCGCACGGAUCGCGAGAUCCAACCCGGCCAUGAAGCUGAUGGUGCUCUUCACGAUUUCUCUGUCCUGGGCCUUCCAGCAGCAAGCUGUACCGCCAAAGUACCAGUACCUCGACCCGGUGACCUCCGACCUGCUGCUGUGCGACCAGUGUCCUCCUGGAACAGCCGUGAAGCAUCACUGCACCGCCGACACGCCCACGGAGUGCCAGCCCUGUCCGGAGAGGCACUUUGCCGAGAACUGGCACUGGGGGGACUCAUGCCAAUACUGCACCUCGGUGUGUAAAGAGAAUCAGUUAGUCAAGCAGCAGUGCAACAGCACACACGACCAACUGUGCGAGUGCGCUGCGGGUUUCCAUCUAGUGGUGGAGUUCUGCAUCGCACACAGCACCUGUCCACCUGGAUACGGAGUCACAGCCGCAGGUACACCUGUGAGCAACACCGUGUGUGAACGCUGUCCAGACGGUCAUUUCUCCGCCGGUGGCUCCUCCACAGAACCAUGUCAGCCCCACAGAAACUGCUCUGAUCUGGGUCUGAAGACGCUCAGAUGGGGAACGUCCACCUCAGACAGCCUCUGUGGCAAGAGACCACCACUGGAGUGUUCCCAGCCCCACACUGUUUGCCACACUGAUGUGACUCUUUGCGAGGAGGCGGUCUUCCAGUCAAUAGCUUCACUGCGACUGUCCUCAGUGCCACUGGAGCGGCUGUUGGAGAGUCUUCCUGGGCGGAGGGUCGACCGGAAGAGUGUGGAGAGGCUGAAGAAGGCCUGUUCGCCCCAACAGCAGGUCCUCCAGCUGCUGCGACUGUGGAGGGAGCAGAACAAGGACCAGGACAAGCUGUAUGGCAUCAUACAGGGUGUGAACCACUGUGAGAGGAAAGUCUCCCGCUGCAACAAUCUCAAAAACCUGACCCUCGACGACCUCCUGAAGGUCACCAACAGCCUGCCAGGGGUGAAGGUUCAAGAAGAGGAUGUCCAGGCUGUGGUCUCCUCCUGCCUGCCCAGACAGUACAUCCUGCAGGUGCUUCACCUCUGGAAAACAGCCAACCACAACCUGGAUCUAGCCAAAGGUCUGUCCCACAGUCUGAGGGUGCUGCGCAGCCAGGGGGCGCCGCGCUACCUGCUCAAAGGCCUGAAGACGAUCAUCCGCAUCAUUGGAACCACUUCGGCGCACAAGAUGUACGAGAAGAUGUUUGUUAGUAUGCUUCAGGACGAGUCGUGUUUUAAAGCACAUAAACCUUUAAACGAAUAAGGAAGUAAAAGGUACAAACAGGAAAAUAUGCCAUUUAAAGCAUAACCAAACACUAAUGCAUUGUCAAACAGUGAACACACACAGACACAGUGAGCAGGGGAAUACACUAAAAUAACAGACAUGGGUCACAUGAUAAUGUCAGGUUUUAUGGAUAUCACGAAGUGAUAUCAAGCUAUGUAUGUAUAUUCUGUAGUGCCUCCAUGUAUUUUAUACAACUAUUACAUAAAAGGCAAGAUGGGAAAGUAAAUUCUUCUCUGCCUCUGAUUUUCUACCAAAACCUUUUGCCAAAAUGACCUUUUGAUUCACUGCGGUAACAAGUGAUGCUGAUAGCUUCACCCUCCGUCUAUAGAUAAAUCUGAUUGGCCUUAAAAGAGAAACUAUCUGAUGUGUUUGCACAUCUGUGUGUUCCAAGGGGACGCCAAUACAAACCUUCCUGAAAACUUUUUUUGACCGGAGUCUGUGAAAAAUGAGAAACUAUUUAAGAUGUAAAUAGCACACUAUUUUAUGGAAGAUGGGCUGGCAGAUGUUGUGUUUUUAUUAUUGCUUUCUCGCUGUUUGAGAGGAAGGAUUUGGUUUCAUAAUGAAAUAUGUGUAUUGUCCUCAGUUGUCCAUUGUUGGUUUGUUUGUUCUGGACUGCUGACAAGUAAAGCUCAUCGAUUUGUGUUUUCAUUUUUUUUUUUUUUUUUUUUAAAUUGUCAGUUAUAUGAAUGUACAAAGGAGUGCAAUUUUUGGUUUUUCUAUUUAAAAAGUAAUUUUACUUUCUGAGUAUGUAAAGGCUUAUGUUUAAUACUUUAUCAGAAAUACUGGAUUCCAAAUGCUGCAAGUUCAUGAAGUGAUAUUUGUUUUAUAUUUUGUUUUAUCACUUUUAUAUUAUAAAUGUAUGGUCUUUAUUGUAUAUAUGCCUGACUGGUCCUCUUAAGCUUGUGUAACUUGUGAACUAUUAAUGUCAAAUGAUCUGACUAAAUUCAGUUUGUAAAAAUGCAUUGUUUCAUCAUAAAUAAGCAGUGAACAGACAGA